AUGGAAACCUCAGACUCAGAACAACCAAGAGUCAUCUUGAAGAACUCAAGCUUGGCAGCAACCUUCUCUUUGGAAUUAGAGGCAACGGCGGACACUGCUUGCCUGAACAACGGCGACGCGGCAGGCACCCCAAGUUCUUCUGCCCACAGCAAAAAUUCCUUCACGCGUUCCGGGUUGAAGAGCUAUGUUGGGCUUGAUUAUCUUCUCGAGGCUCAACGGAAGAGGCUGCAGUUCCUCUUUGCGACCACCAGGACCCAAUCAAACGAGCCGAAGAAGGGGAUGAAGAACUCGAGCCUGGGAAUGACGUCGCAGUCGCGGAGAGCGCGUGAGCUGACCACGAGGAAGCGAGCGAUCUGGGGAGUAGACAGACCGACCCGGUCGCGGAGAGCAACGAGGCGGGGGGCGAUGUUCUUCACGGAAGCGCGGAGGAGCAGCGGGUCUGCGGAGACGACGGCGGCAAUGUCGGCGCGGCAGAGGCCGGCGCCGGAGAGCAGGGCGAGGAUAGCAUCGGGGUUGGAGGCGGAGUUGAGGCGACAGUAG